GCGCGGGGCGGGGAGGAGCCAGGCAGCGGCGGAGACGAGCCGCCCUCCGCACGCCCCCGCCCAGAGGGGACCUGGCCGCGGAGGAGGCGGCGGUACCUUGGACAGAGCCGCCGCGACUCGAGAGCCCGCCCGGCAGCCGCUCCGGAGCGCCCCGACGAGCAGAACUGAGGCGUGAGGCUCCAUAAGUGCCCCCAAGUGGCUUCAAUUUCUGCCCUCAACAAAAGAUACCAAAAGAAAUGCAGAAAUGCCUGACCUAGAAAAAAACACGCAGAAGAAAGAGAAAGAUACAUGCAGUAAAGAUGAGACAAUACUGUUGCUCCAAAACAGGAUGAGGAAAAGGAAGUAUAAACAGAAAUGCUUUAUCAAGCCAUCUAGGGGUGUUCCAGACAGACUGACAGCAAAGGCAGUGCCAAAACUUCCAGUUCCACCACUGCAACAGACCUUAGGCAUGUACCUACAGUGCAUGAAACACUUGGUGCCAGAGGAGCAAUUUAAGAAGACCAAGGUCAUAGUGGAGCAGUUUGGAAUUCCAGGAGGCCUGGGAGAAUCCUUGCAGAAAAUGCUUGAGGAAAGAAGGGAAAAGACGAUGAACUGGGUGUUUAACUACUGGCUGGAUGACAUGUACCUCAACAACCGGCUAGCUCUUCCAGUCAAUUCCAGCCCAGCAAUUAUCUUUGCUCGUCAGUAUUUCAAGGAUGUAAAUGACCAGCUGAGGUUUGCCGCUAAUCUCAUUUCAGGAGUGCAAGACUACAAAGCUUUACUGGACACCCAUGCUUUACCUGCUGAUUUUUCUCGUGGACAGCUGUCUGGUCAUCCUCUCUGUAUGAAGCAAUACUAUGGACUCUUUUCUUCCUAUCGCCUUCCAGGACCUACCAAAGAUACCCUUGUGGCCCAGAAAAGCAAUGUAAUGCCAGAACCAGAACACAUCAUUGUUGCUUGUAACAAUCAGUUCUUUGUUUUGGAUGUUGUCAUUAAUUUCCGUCGCCUCAGUGAGGGAGAUCUUUUCACUCAGUUACAAAAGAUAGCCAAAAUGGCAGAGAACGAAGAGGAAAUGCUGCCUCCAAUUGGCCUGCUGACAACAGAUGGAAGAACAGAGUGGGCAGAGGCCAGAACGAUCCUUAUGAAAGACUCUACUAACCGGGACUCCCUUGACAUGAUUGAACGGUGCAUAUGCCUGGUGUGCCUGGACAGCCCCAGUGGGGUGGAACUCAAUGACACAAACAUGGCAUUGCAACUGCUGCACGGAGGAGGCUACCAUAGGAACGGGGCCAAUCGCUGGUAUGACAAACCUAUGCAGUUUGUGGUAGGAAGAGAUGGAGUCUGCGGCACCGUGUGUGAACAUUCCCCUUUCGAUGGCAUCGUGAUGGUGCAGUGCACUGAAUAUUUGCUCAAGCACGUGAAAGAAAAUUCCAAGAAAUUAGUCCGAGCUGAUUCAGUGAGCGAGCUUCCUGCUCCACGGAGACUAAGAUGGAAAUGUUCCCCUGAAAUUCAGACACAUUUGGCAUCAUCAGCAGAAAAACUUCAAAGGAUGGUGGAAAAUCUGGAUUUUAUUGCCUACAAGUUUGAGCACUAUGGAAAGGAAUUUAUUAAGAAACAAAAGGUUAGCCCAGAUGCCUACAUUCAAGUAGCACUUCAGCUGGCAUUCUACAGAUGCCACAGGAGACUCGUCCCGACCUAUGAAAGUGCUUCCCUGCGCCGAUUCGAUGAGGGCCGAGUGGACAAUAUCAGGUCUUCUACCUCAGAAGCAUUUGCUUUUGUAAAAGCAAUGACUGAUGACAAGACAGCUGUAUCGGAUUCUGAGAAGAUGCAGAGAUUUAAGGACGCAAUUACAGCUCAGACUAAUUACUCUAUUCUGGCUAUUACUGGAAUGGCAAUAGACAAUCACCUGCUGGGGCUCAGAGAGGUGGCACGGGAACACUUCAAGGAACUGCCAGAGAUAUUUACAGAUGAGACAUAUUUGACAAGCAAUCGAUUCAUCCUCUCAACCAGCCAGGUUCCAACUACUAUGGAAAUGUUCUGCUGCUAUGGGCCUGUGGUGCCCAAUGGAUAUGGGGCAUGUUAUAACCCUCAGCCAGAGCACAUAUUAUUCUGCAUCUCAAGCUUUAAAGAAUGUAAAGAAACCUCCUCAGUCACGUUUGCAAAAGCUGUGGAAGAAAGUCUCCUAGCAAUGAGAGAUCUGUGCAACAAAUGCAAUUCUGCUGUGGCAAAGCCACCUGCUAAACAAGAUGCAGCCACACAGCUGCAGAGUGCCAGCAAACACUAAGAAGAUGUGGGAAUUAUUCUCCUGAUCCACCUUAUGAAGAAACAUGACAUAGUUGUUCAAAGGCAAGAUCGUACUAGUAAUAGAACAGUGUACAACCAAA